GGCUGAGCUGUCGCCAUGGCGCUGCUGCUGGAGUACGAGUUCCGGACGCUGCCGGCCGACAAGCAGAUCGACACGGAGCCCUUCCUGGAGGCCGUCACGCACCUGCCGCCCUUCUUCGACUGCCUGGGCACCCCGCUUGUCUAUGCCCCAGUGAAGGCGGACCUCUCCGGGAAUAUUAAGAAAAUACGGGCGGUUUAUGAAUCAAACCCAGCCAAGUUCAAAACCCUUCAGAACAUCUUGGAAGCGGAGAAGGAAAUGCACGGGUCAGCCUGGCCGAAAGUGGGGGCCACCUUGGCCCUCAUGUGGCUGAAGAGGGGACUGAGGUUCAUGCAGACCCUCCUGCAGAGCCUCUGCGAUGGGGAGCAGGACAAGGAGAACCCCAACCUCAUCCGUGUGAACGCCCUCAAGGCCUACGAGGUGGCCCUGAGGAAGUACCAUGGCUGGCUGUUGCAGAAGCUCUUCCUGGGCUCCGUCUACGCCCUCCCCUACAAGUCGGACCUGCUGAAGGCCCUGGAGAAAGGCAAGGAGGUCAAGGAGGAAGAGACCUUUGAGAAGAUCCACCAGUUCUUGUCCAAAGCGACGCCCAUCCUUGACACCAUCUACGAGAUGUACGCCAAAAUGAACGCGGAGCUGAGCUACAAAGCUUGACCAGGCCCUCCC